AUGCUGGCGUCGGGGGUAAAGCGCGUGUGUUGUACAGACGCUGACUUUCUGAGACGGGAGGUCUCCUUCCCGGUGCCCCUUACAGCUGUCAGCUCACCCCCCAGCCAGAGAACCUCUUUCCCUGCAGGUGACAGCACGCUGACCCCGUUCCCCGUCUGGAGGCCCCCCAGGGUCAGUGCCGGGAAGGGGCCGCAGCUGGAUCCACGCCUUGGGCCAGCGCCCCUGCCCAGCCUCCCGCCAUCCCCAACUCGCCCCGUGACCUCGGGUCCCACGCCUGCCAGGUCCCGCGUCAGCCCCUGCCCCUCCAGAGCCCUGUCUAUCGGGUCAAGGCGGCCGCGGGCUUGGGCACUCCCCGGGGGUGGCCCAUCUCAGCAGGAGGAGCGGUGCCAGCUGCUGAGAGCCCCCUGGGGCGGCCACCGGCCUCGGGAGGGUCCCCGGGGCUGCACGCGUCGAGAGCCCCUGACUGAGCCCGAGGGCACGCCCACCGGCCUGGUCUCCGGGAGGGCGGCCUCGAGUGUCGGGAGCGUGGACAGGGCCGGAUGGCAGGGGCUGCCGCGGGGAGUCCACGCCCUGGGAAGCCUGGGGAAGCUGCAGUCAGCGUGGGGCAGGACCACGCGGGCCAGGGACCCGGGCCCAGGGCUGCACACGGGGCCGGCAGGGACAGCGCCCGCUCCCGGGAGGCCGGGUGCCCCAGCCUUGGCGAGAGAGCGCCUUUUCGCUCAAGCACAGCCAGGUCGUGCAGCCACGCCCGGCAGCGUCUCCAGAGCCUGCCCGUCUCCUAAACCGAGACGCCUUCCCUGUGAAGCACGGCACCCCUGCCGGCCCUGCACCACCGUCACCUUCAGUCUCCACGCCUCUGACCCGGGUCGGGACCGCGGAGAAUUAGAAUCACAACGGUGUUUGUCCCGAGUGCCAGGCCUGCCUCACUGGGCAUCGUGUCCCCACACUCACCCGUGUCGUGGCCGCAUCACGGGCGCCGUGUCCCCGUGGUCCAUCCGUGUUGUGGCUGUGUCACAGGCGUCGUGUCCCUGCGAUACAUCCGUGUUGUGGCCGCAUCACGGGCGCCGUGUCCCCGUGGUCCAUCCGUGUUGUGGCUGUGUCACGGGCAUCGUGUCCCUGCGAUACGUCCGUGUUGUGGCCGCAUCACGGGCGUCGUGUCCCCGCGGCUCACCCGUGUCAUGGCCGCGUCACGGGCGUUGUGUCCCUGCGAUCCGCCCGUGUCGUGGCCAAGUCACGGGCGUCUGCUCUUCUGAGGCUGAAUCACAUUCCUCGGCCCGUGUGCCCCUCUGUCCUGUAGGUGGCCGCUGGGCUGCUUCCGCCUCUUGGCCGUUGAUGGAUAACACUGUUGUGAACACGGGUGAAGGGCGGAUGACCGAGGCCUCCGGCGCUGCAGGGAGAGCCCUGGACGUCAGCGCACCUGGGAGCCCACGCCGCCCUGCAGUCACGCCCCUGGGAGUCGCCCCCCAGCCAGCAGUAGCCGCGCCGGCCUCCCACCACCCGGAGGACAGGGAAUGA